CCUCCCAAAGUGCUGGGAUUACAGGCAUGAGCCACAGUGCCCGGCCAAUUUUUGUAUUUUUAGUAGAGAUGGGUUUCACCAUGUUGGCCAGGCUGGUCACGAAUUCCUGACCUCAGGUGAUCCAUCCACCUCGGCCUUCCAAAAUGCUUGGCUUACAGGCAUGAGCCACCAUGCCUGGCCCCCAUCUCUCAAAAUACAUAAAAAUUGGCUGGGCGCAGUGGCUUACGCCUGUAAUCCCAGUACUUUGGGAGGCUGAGGCCGGAGGAUCACUUGAGGUCAGGAGUUCAAGACCAGCCUGGCUAACAUGGUGAAGCCCCGUCUCUACUAAAAAUACAAAAAUUAGCCGGGCUAACUUUUUUUUUUUUUAGGCGGAAUUUCACUCUUGUUGCCCAGGCUGGAGUGCAAUGGCGUAAUCUCGCCUCACUGCAACCUCCGCCUCCUAGGUUCAAGUGUUUCUCUUGCCUCAGCCUCCCAAGUAGCUGGGAUUACAGGCAUGCGCCACCACACCCGGCUAAUUUUGUAUUUUUAGUAGAGACGGGGUGUCUCUGUGUUGGUCAGGCUGGUCUCGAACUCCCGAACUCAGGUGAUCCGCCUGCCUUGGCCUCCCAAAGUGCUGGGAUUACAGGCGUGAGCCACCCCGCCCGGCCAAGUUGGGCUAAUUUUUAAAUUCUCCCAGCUACUCAGGGGGCUAAGGCAGGAGAAUCGCUGGAACCCAGAAGGUGGAGGUUGCAGUGAGCCAAGAUGGCGCCACUGCACUACAGCCUGGGUGUCAGAGCAGAGUGAGACCCUGUCUCAAAAAAAAAAAAAAUUAAAUUAAAGUUUUGGCUGAGUGCAGUGGCUCACACCUGUAAUCCCAGCACUUUGGGAGGCUGAGGCGGGCAGAUCGCUUGAGCUCAAGAGUUCAAGACCAGCCUGGGCAACAUGGUGAAACCCCAUCUCUACAAAAAAUACAAAAAUUAGCUGGGCGUGGUGGUACACACCUGUAAUCCCGGCUACUCGGGAGGCUGAGGUGGAAGGAUCGCUUCCUUCCACCUGAGGUGGAAGGGAGGCAGAGGUUGCAGUGAACCUAGAUCGCGCCACUGCACUCCAGCCUGGGCGACAGAGUGAGAUCCUGUCUCAAAAAAAAAAAGAAAAAAAAAAUUAAAAAAUUGUUAAAUUGUUAAACAUUUAAGGAAAAAAAAACAGUGACACUGGAGGGGCGAGGCCAGUGGAGCUGCUGUGUGACCUCGGGCAGAGCCCCACCCCUCUCUGGGCCUUUGGGGUCCAUCUGUGAAAUGAAUUGAGGGAGGCGCUGGCUCAGUAGUCCCUUCAGGGUUACCUCAUCCCGCUUCUCCUCCCGGACUUAACGGCCUACUGUCUCCCCUCUAGUAUCCACUGAAACCUGGCCUAAGGUCCCAGACCUUCCUUUCAACUCCAAAGACCCAUCCUCCCAGGCAGCCUUCCAGGCUGAUAACUGUGCCUCCAACUCCGUCGCUCCUGUUCUGAUCCCCAUCACGGGCUGCGGGUGACCGUGUUUGUUUAUGACCGCCCCCUCCACCCACACACCUCACUGAGGUGGUGGAAGUCUCGUGCUCUCCUGAGCCAGGCUCAGAGGCGGACAGACAGGGCAGGGGAUGGGUUCAGCGGCAGUGCAUUCCGCUGCCACGAGAGGGCGCCAGCGUCCCGCAGACGACGCAGAGGCGACUCCCGCUGGAGAAACUCCACGCGACUUUUCUUUGGGGAAACUGAAGCCCAGAGAGAGGUCACGCCGUCCCGAGGCCACACUGCAGCUGUGGACCUGGGGGUGCCCGAGCGUCCGCCUGCAUUCAGCUCUGUGGCGGGACGGGGGCUGAGGAUGACUGGAGCAGGCACAAGGGCUACGGGGAAGGUAGGGUUUGCCAGAGGCUGAAAAUUGGGAAGGGAACAUCAGGUCGUAGGUACCGCUCCUGGGCGAAUGCGCCGAGGCGCGACCGAGUGACGAUAUGUCAAGAGCAGGUUGAUGACCCGGGAGCGAGGCUCUUGGAGGAGUCCAGCUGGGGCUGCACGAUGAUCCAUGCACAACCUUCUGAGGUCAGGACUGAUUUUUACUUUCUCUCGGCUCUACAGAGGUGGAAACUGAGGCUCCAAGAGGUUGUCAUUUGCCCAGAGCCACCAGCUAAGCGGGACUUGAAUCAGGCAAGGGGUGCAGCAGGCACCAGUGUGGAGGGCGGUCCCACCCACCUCCUCCUCUUCUCCCUUUGCAUAGCGGGGGGAAAACAGGCCUGGAACAGUCAUAGGCUCUCUGGCCCUCAACUGGGGCGAGAGUCCCCUGCCCCAAAUCGGGCUGGACAUGCCUCGAGUCAUGUCUACGAGGGGCGGCUGGUGAGCGAUUAAGCCGAGAGGCUGAAGGCUCUGCUAGGUGACCUCAGGCCUGGGCCCUGCCUCUAGACCUCUUUUUCCCCUCUUUGCCCCCGGGGUCCGCGAGAGACCAGCUCUGGCCGCCUAAGGGCUUCAGUUUCUCCCCGGGGUCCACGAGGGAAGGGGGCAGCCGGCGGUGAGGAGGGGCGUUUGUUAUUUUGCUCCACGCCUGGGCAGAGCCACGCCCCUUGUCGCGCUAUUGGUGGAGUCCCUUCCGGGGGCGGGGGAGGGACGGUGACCCCACCCCACCCCGCCCUGCCGUAUAAAAGCGGCGCCGUCGCACGGCGCGGGGAUUUUCUGCUCCGGUUGGUGAGCGCGCCUGCGCGUUGACGGCGAUUUUGCGUUCUGAGGCUGCAGCGUCGGCAUCUUGAGCUGCCGGUUCGCGGGUUCGAGGCCAGGUUCCGCGUGUCGUGGGUUCGCACCCCGGACGCGAUGCUAUUCGACAAGGUGAAAGCAUUUUCGGUGCAGUUGGACGGCGCGACCGCGGGCGUCGAGCCCGUGUUUAGUGGCGGCCAGGCCGUGGCGGGCCGGGUGCUGCUGGAGCUGGCAAGCACCACGCGCGUGGGUGCCCUGAGGCUGCGCGCGCGGGGCCGCGCCCACGUGCACUGGACCGAGUCGCGCAGCGCGGGCUCGAGCACGGCUUACACGCAGAGCUACAGUGAACGCGUGGAGGUCGUGAGCCACCGCGCCACGCUCCUGGCGCCAGAUACCGGGGAGACCACGACGCUGCCUCCUGGGCGCCAUGAGUUCCUGUUCAGCUUCCAGCUGCCCCCGACCCUGGUGACAUCCUUCGAGGGCAAACACGGUAGUGUCCGCUACUGUAUCAAGGCCACCCUGCACCGGCCCUGGGUCCCAGCACGCCGGGCAAGGAAGGUGUUCACUGUCAUCGAGCCUGUGGACAUCAACACGCCAGCCCUGCUGGCACCUCAAGCGGGGGCUCGGGAAAAGGUUGCCCGAUCCUGGUACUGUAACCGUGGCCUAGUCUCCCUUUCGGCCAAGAUCGACCGCAAGGGCUACACCCCAGGAGAGGUCAUCCCUGUCUUUGCCGAGAUUGACAACGGCUCCACACGUCCUGUGCUGCCUCGGGCAGCCGUGGUGCAGACACAGACGUUCAUGGCCCGAGGCGCCCGAAAGCAGAAACGGGCAGUGGUGGCCAGCCUCGCGGGCGAGCCGGUGGGCCCUGGGCAGCGGGCGCUGUGGCAGGGCCGGGCACUGCGGAUCCCCCCAGUGGGUCCUUCCAUCCUGCACUGCCGUGUUCUACACGUGGACUACGCACUCAAGGUCUGUGUGGAUAUCCCAGGAACGUCCAAGCUGCUGCUAGAGCUGCCACUGGUGAUCGGCACCAUUCCCUUGCACCCUUUUGGCAGCCGUUCCUCCAGCGUGGGCAGCCACGCCAGCUUUCUGCUGGACUGGAGGCUGGGGGCCUUGCCGGAGCGGCCUGAGGCUCCUCCUGAGUACUCGGAGGUGGUAGCCGACACCGAGGAGGCAGCCUUGGGGCAGAGCCCCUUCCCGCUUCCGCAGGACCCCGACAUGAGCCUUGAAGGCCCGUUCUUCGCCUACAUCCAAGAGUUCCGCUACCGCCCGCCACCGCUGUACUCUGAGGAGGAUCCAAACCCACCCUCGGGGAUCAUGAGGCCGCGCUGCAUGACUUGCUGAACGGCACAGGGAUCCCUCAAGGAACGAGGUUGCACACCAGCUUUCAGCCACCGUGACUGUGGGGAGUGGCUGGACCAAGGGCUGACCUCCCCGACUGCAUCGAAGUUGGGGAACCAAGUCUCAGAGUGAGGCGGGGCCUUUCGGAUAUCACAUGGGACAGAGGAAGAGCCCGGCUGGAAUCUGACUUAUCUGGACCACUGUCCUUGUGAGGCAUUGAACUCCCAGUGCAGUAUCCGAGAGACUGUUUAAUAACCUGUCUUCCCAGCCUGUUGGUGGUGCCGGAAUCCCCGAGGAGCCUUCAGUCUGGGAGAAACAGAGCCAGACAUAGACAGUUCCAGCAUCACGGAACCAGAAGAAGAGACCUGCAGCUGCGAGAGUCCAGACAGGAAGCAGAGAAGGCGUCCUUGCGGAAAGGGUAUUUUAGCUGAGGCUUUGGAGUAUGAAUAGGAGCUCAGCAGGCAGACGAAUGAGGAAGAAAGGUCAGAGAAGGUCAGAGCUGAGUGAUGUUUGGAAUCCACCCCGUUUAUUGUAGAAUUGGGGGUUCAGAGGGCAGGUGCCUCAGAGUUGAGGCCACACAGUGAGGUCCGGUGGGUGAAAGGACCCAGGAACGAGGCGUUCAGGAAAGCAGGUUGUCAGAGCUAUGUGGAGUCUGUGGGUGGCAGGGGCAGCCGCUCCAGCCUUUGAAGACUUUGAAAGCCAGAGAUUCCCGGCGUAGGCUUGGACUUCUUGGGAGCUCCUCCAAGUACCCAGGGGCAUCAGAGCUGCCUGGGUGUUACAUGGCCCAAGGAAUGCAGGUUCAGGGUAGGACAGGCAAGACCAGAUACCUAAUGUGCAAAGUGAAAACACUGGGCUCCCAGUUAAACGAUGAAGAAUUCAAGACAGUGACAGCAUUACAUCACCCCUGGGGGCAGAGGUCAGCCUAAGGUGACACACGGGGACUACUGUGCUUCCGGAGGCUCCCUGUGUCCUGGAGGAGAAGAGCAUUAGAGGGGGCAGCUGGACAAGCUCCCAACUGCAGAGUCCUAGACCUGGCUGGGGCAGGGCCCUGGCCUGGGACUCAGCAUUUCUGAUAUGCCUUAAGAAUUCAUUCUGUUUUGUACAAUUAUUUUUUUAAAAGUAAACGUGUGGAGAAAGAA